AUGUCAAACGGGGACCGUGUCACCAAAAAGAAGCUGAUAUUCAAGACAAAAGAUGACGCGCUCAAGAAGCCAGUAUCACUGGUAUUGACAUUUUGGGACGCAGCUGACGCAAAAAAGAAUAAGAAUCAAAAGGCUGUGGCUUGGCGGGUUGUCAGGUUUCCUACAUCCAAAUCGGCAGCUGCGAGACUCACGUACCGCAAUCAAUACUGUUUCAUACAUCCUCAAGUCAAUUCUGGGAACUAUAUAUAUCCAUCCGUGCACAAUUUCCUCAAUAUAGGUGAGCAGACGUCUCUUGUUGAAGAUCCACAAUCUGGCGACAUCACCUUUACCGGCAAUACACCCGGGGAAAAAGGCGUUGUUCGUAUCGAUAACAAGACCAGAACGAUACAGGACAUAGCCAUCGGGAUGGGUAGUAACACGGAAAAGGAGCCCAGUAUCAUCGCCUGGUACACCAAUGUGGCGGUCGACCAGAUGGUCUCGUUCACCCCCCUUAGCAAGCUUUAUUGCUAUGUUGUCGACGCCUAUGACAGAGGACUCUUUAUGGGAGACAUAGGUACUAAACCGGCCCAGAUUAUAGACCUUCCUACUCUUCCACCCGAGACCAUUUGGUACCUCACAGUCAUCGGGACUACAGGUCAAUAUACGUUGACAAGUGAAGAGCCAGAUGACGACCACGGAGGGGAUAUCGAUCAUCAAUAG